AUGACAAUGAAACCAUAUGAAUGAAUGAAUCUUGAAGAACUAAAGGAAGCUGAAGCUGGCUUUGAUGAGACUGAUAGGAAAGCUAUUGAUAUGUACAGAGCCAAGCACUUGCAGGAAUGGAAAUGUCUUCAGAGGAGGCAAAAGUAUGUGAAGCUAAGAGGAAGUUGUGGAAAGCAGUAUGUGAAAGAAGUUACAAAUGCUCCAGAGGAUGUUUGGGCUAUAAUUCAUCUUUAUUGGUCAAGUAUCCCAAUGUGUUUACUGGUUAAUGAACACCUCAACCUGCUGGCCUGAAAGUUUCCACAUGGCAAGUUUCUCAAAGCCAUUGUAAACUGCAGAACUCAGAAUUACAAGGACAGGUGUUUAUCCACAAUACCUGUGUAUACUGGUGAAAUACAAGGCAGGUUCAUUGGGAUAGCUAAACAUGGGGGAAUCUAUCUGAAAGCAGAAGGCACUAGGAAUAUUUCUAAAUAA